AUCAACAACAUCCCGGUUCUAUCAACCAUUCUCAUUUGCGCGAAUCAGCCAAGAGCUGUCUUGCUAUCAAUCAAGAGAGAUAUGAGUCGCGGCGGGAAAUUGGCGCCUGAAGUCAAUCGCGCUUUGUUUGUCAAGAAUCUAAGCUACAACGUAACUCCCGAGGAGCUCUUCGACCUCUUUGGCAAGUUUGGACCUGUGCGUCAAAUACGUUCGGGUAUCGCGAACAACACAAAGGGCACUGCAUUUGUUGUAUAUGAGGACGUAUUAGAUGCAAAGCAAGCCUGUGAUAAGUUGAACGGCUUCAACUUUCAAAAUCGUUAUCUAGUCGUAUUAUAUCACCAGCCCGAGAAGAUGAUGAAGUCAAGUAGAGAUUUGGCCGAGCGCCGAGAAGAAUUAGAAAAGCUCAAACAGCAACACGGUAUAGAAUAACAUUUCUGCAGCCCACAGCGUCUAUCUGUGGGUCGAGAGUUAUUUGGGCGCGUGGAAAAUGAGAGGCCACGGAACGUGGGGCAGGCCAUCUCUCAUCCUUGCUUUCUAUGGUUGUUCGGCGUUCAGGGCGGAUUAUUAUAUUGGCGGCCGAUUCUGGGACGGCUCGCCCUUGGGCUGAGGAGAGAGGACUCUGGGUUGAAGUCCUCUCUUUUUUCUAUGUGCUUUGGGUUCAUUGCCUCGAUUUAGCUUAUUCGGGCGGGUAUAUCAAAUAUGAACAAGCAGGUGGCUUUUCGCUCACGAUGGCUGCCAUAGCGAGCAAUAUAACUUGACAUUGUUUCUACUCCACUCAAUCAUGAUCCAAGCG